GUAUGAUCUCGCCCCUUUUUGAACCUUUGCACCCAAGCGGACUUUUGAUUAGAUGCGCAAUGUUCGAUAUCAAUUAGCACGUAACGACAUCACCUUAGCACACACACAAAUUACCAAUGCUCGGAGUACGCACACUCGUACGUGCUUCGCCGCGGGCAGUUUUCGUUCCUGUUCGAAGGGGCCACGGACAUGCUCAUGCACCGAGGGGUUUCGAGCCUUCUGGGUACUUUUUGGGAAGGCCGAACGGAACCAAACGUGAUUGGUACUGGUGGGAGCCUCUCUGGUAUUUUGGCUACUACGGCACAUUUGCAACCUUUUUCAUCUUCCAAGCUUUCUCCGCACGACCUACACCUACCGAAGCAGCCAAACUCGAGGCCCAUCGCCGUCUCGCCGAGCGCGGGGAAACAUUCGGAUGGCCUUUCCCAGCUGACUAUGGGUUGGUGAAGAAGGACGCUAAAUAAAUUCUUUUAAAUGAAAGGAAUGGGGAAGGAGAUAAAGAUAUGGUUCCGGGAAACUUUGUAAAACAGUGGAUACACCCGGAAUAGAUGAGCAUUGGAAAGGCCUCAUACUGGGCGAAUAUUAGGCAUUUGAGCAAAUGCCGCUUGUCAUGUGGAUGGUGAAGAGGCGUGCAUAACAGACUAGAUUCAAGGCACUGUGAGUUUCGCAUGAAGCAAGUCCUCAUUCAGAGUGUGCAUCGAGUCAUGUUCAACACCAUUCAAACAUCGGACAUGCAUCAUCAAUUUUGCCCCGGUUGAUAUUGACUUGCGAACACAAUGUUAUACUCCCGGUAGAGCGAGCCAGACGAAAGAAAACGCUGCAAUGGCAAUAAUUCACGCGGACUGUUGCCCGUAAUACCACAACAAAAAGCUUGCUUCACACAGACUAGUCAAUCCGCAUCAUAUAUUUAU